AUGCAGAUCUUCAUCAUAUUUCAGACUAUGAUGGUUGCCGGGCUUAUGGCUAUGCCCCUCAAAAUACAUGGAAUCCGCUCACUUGCAAACCACGUCAUCAAUGACAAGACUUCGAAAAUGACGGAGAGGAUGAAUGAGCAGACUAGCAGGAACAAGGAAGGGAAUCAAUUUUUGCAUGACAAAAAUUCUGGAAAUUUAACCAGCAUGACUGCUAUUAAUAGCAAUUCUUCAGUCAAGAGGUUGGCUCGAAUUCUCUCAGUCCCAUCAGUUUAUUUGAGUCGUGUCAUGAGUGGGCCAGAGCCACAGACAAAGCAUGUGAGGAGAGCUCUCCAUCAAACUCCUUCGGGGUUUCGUCUUGACGGGAAACACAAAUUUCCUUACUUUAACCAAAAAUCGAUUUCUCACCUGAAUCGACUCAUGAGCAGUUUUCAACCAUCUUCCUCAAAACAUCGUCUUUCUCAGCCCUACGACAAUCGAAAUUCCCGGCUUCCGAUAAAAUUUAAGCAUAGCUCCACAUGA